GUCACUUUCUAUAGGCACCACUUCAUAUACUCUGUACAAUACGCAGUACGAGUCACGGAGGAGGUAGCCUGUUAUACCUGACUCCGAGAUCACUGUCCAUUUGCCCUUCUUUACGCUUGGCAUUGAAUUGUCACCCCUGCACCCCUCCCCAGGUUCGUCCGACUGUGAAUGUCCCCAAGUACGGACAUGUAUGAGUCGACCACUGUAGUCUCAUGAACCAUUUGAGACGUGCCUUCUGCACCAUCACCGCCGCCGCCGCAGUCGCCGCAUCCUCCAAGUGUCAUCCUCGAGCUCUCAGAAUGUCGCAGCCGCCUUGGAUCCAGCCCAGCGGCUCGACUCACCAACCUCAAUUGAAAAUCUACAACUCCCUGACCCGAUCCAAAGUCCCCUUUGUCCCUCUUCAGCCUGAGCGCAUCACCUGGUACGCCUGCGGUCCGACCGUGUACGACGACUCCCACCUGGGCCACGCCCGCAACUAUGUCACGACCGACAUCAUCAGACGGAUCCUGCGGGACUAUUUCCACUUCCAGGUGCGGUUCGUCAUGAACAUCACCGACGUCGACGACAAGAUCAUACUGAGGGGGAGGCAAAAGCAUCUGUACGACGAAUACAAGAAGAACCACAGGUAUGACGAAACCUCGUCGACGGCUGAGGGGACUGGCUCUGAUCAAGAGACUAGAUACAUCGACGACAAAGUCCGGCAGGACGUCCGACAAGCGUGGCAUUACUACGUGCAAAAGAACCUGAAACGGAUCGGUCCCAAAACCCUCCUCACGCCCGAGACCUUUGACGGCGUCGUCGAACACUUUUAUGGAGACAUACUCGCAGGUGGCAGUCUGGAACCUGGCACGAAACCGGGGGACAAGGAGGCAAAGGUCAAGAUGCACAUCAACACCGCCCGAUCCACCGCCAAAGCCUUGCUGUCGGACCCGAAGAUGCUGACGCCACACGAGUUCUACUCUCGAGUCAACGACCCGAUGUGCCUGGUCCUGGAUGAUCAAUUUGGGAAGAGCAUCCGAGGAGAUGAUUACGCUGUAUUCACAAAGUUGACAAAGGAAUACGAGAACCGAUUUUUCCAGGACAUGCAUGACCUGAACGUCAUGGACCCCGACGACUUGGUGCGAGUGACGGAGCAUGGCAAGGAAAUCGCCGACUUUGUCAAGAAGAUUGCGGACAACAAGAUGGCAUAUCGAACGACGGAUGGCUCAGUUUAUUUUGACAUCAAAGCUUUCGAGUCUGCAGGAUAUCCGUAUGCGAGAUUGGAGCCUUGGAACAGGAACGACAAAGAGUUACAAGCCGACGGCGAAGGUGCCCUGUCACAGAAGGAGGGUGACUCGAAACGCUCCGAAGCGGAUUUUGCUCUUUGGAAGGCGUCCAAACCUGGAGAACCAAGCUGGGAAAGCGAAUGGGGUCCUGGUCGACCCGGAUGGCAUAUUGAAUGCUCAGCAAUGGCUUCUGGGAAAUUGGGCCAGCAAAUGGACAUUCAUUCUGGUGGUAUUGACCUGGCGUUUCCUCAUCACGACAAUGAACUCGCCCAGAGUGAAGCAUUCUGGUCUGAUGGAAAUCAUCGUCAAUGGGUCAACUAUUUUCUUCACAUGGGCCACCUGUCGAUACAGGGCUCCAAAAUGUCCAAGUCGCUCAAGAACUUCACAACCAUUCGAGAAGCCCUUCACGUGCAGAAGGAAUGGACCUCGAGAAGUCUGCGAAUCAUCUUCUUGCUCGGAAACUGGAAAGACGGGAUAGAGAUCACAGAUGACAUGGUUGUCGAAGGUCGAAAUUGGGAAGACAGAGUCGACAACUUUUUCUUGAAUGCCAUUGAAAACGUGAAAAAUGCAAAGGCUAGCAAUGGCCAAAGAACCAUCAUGGCAAGUGCACUUCUUGACGCAGAAGAGAAGGUCCGCGCUGCACUACUCGACUCCUUCAACACCCCACUGGCGAUGAGCACACUGUCUGCUCUGAUCAAUGCCUACAACAGCGCCAAAAAGUCCGACCUGACGGCAGAUGACCACCGAAAUACAGGCCUUUUCGUCACGAGGAUGGUAAACAUUUUCGGUUUGAACGGCAACGAGCCUGCGAAUACAGACACCAUUGGAUGGAAAGGCAUUGAUGUUCCCGACCUGGCCAAGGAAUAUGUCUACCCGCUGGCGAAGAUGAGAGAUGAAUUACGACAGGCCGCGAUAGCCAAGGCCAUCACGGCAGAAAAGGUGCAGGAAAUCGUUUCAACAUCGCCGGGACUCGAAGAGCCGCCUCCUAGCGGGAGACCGCGGCCAUCGUACGCGCGGGCGUUGAGCGAGUUCAGUAGAAGCGCUCUUGAAGUGACAGGCCCGGCCGAAAGCAAAGAUUUGAACAAACAAAUCCUGGCCUUGUGUGAUCGUGUCCGAGACGUCGAUCUCUGGCAACUCGACAUUUACCUGGAAGAUCGCGAGAAUGCACCUUCACUGGUCCGUCCCGUCACCGAGGGAUUAAAGGCCGCCAGGCGCGAGCGGGAAGACAAGGCCCGAGCCAAAGAAGAAGCCAAGAAGAAACGCGAACAGGAGGCCCAGGAGAAGUUGCAAAAGGGGAAACUUGCGCCGUCGGAGAUGUUCAAGCCACCACAUUCGGAAGAGUAUUCGGCUUGGGAUCCGGAUGGCGUGCCGACGGCGGCCAAGGAUGGAAGUGCUCUAUCUGCCAACCGUGUCAAAAAGUUGAAGAAGGAAUGGGACGCUCAGAGAAAGGCACAUGAAAAGUAUUUGGCCGUCACGCAGCAGCAGCAAAACGGGUCGACGGGGGCCGCCGGUCAGCAGCAACAACAGUCUUAGUUGGCUUUGAUUUGUUCUGCCCUACUCUGCUGCUGGGAGUUUAUUACUCCCGAGGAACUAUAUUAUGUGUAUUAAGACAGAUACCCAAUAACUUGAAAAAAAAGGUUCCCCAUGGUUCGCCCCCCUUAACGAAAAGAAAAGGCAAAAAAGGGUUCUCUCAUUUGUGGCUUUUUGAUCACAUGAAUCACUCAUAUCAUCC